AUGACAGAUAUCGCCCCCUACCUCGAGCGCCUGGGCCUUGAGCAAUACUUUGACGCCUUCAUAGGCGAAGGCUUCGACACUUGGGAGACCCUGCUAGACAUUCAGGAGACAGACUUUGACGUCCUCAAUAUCAAACUCGGACACCGCAGGAAGCUUCAACGAGCGAUUGCUGACUAUAGAGGAAUAUCUUAUGAACGGCUGAUUGGCUCUCCGGCCCAGGACCUUCCUUAUGAAGGCGGCAGGAGUUCAGAAGGUGGCGUCCCGACGUUGAGCACGCUAGAACGAGGCUCAGGUCCGGCACCCGAGACAAAGAGGAAAUAUCGUCGUCAUCCGAAACCUGAUGAAAACGCGCCCGAACGUCCUCCGUCAGCCUACGUUAUCUUCUCCAACAAGGUUCGCGAAGAGGUCAAAGAUCAAAGCCUCUCUUUCACACAGAUAGCCAAAUUGGUAGGAGAUCGAUGGCAGAAGCUCGAUCCUUCUGGUAAAGAGCCGUUUGAGGCCCAGGCCAACGCUGAUAAAGAGAGAUAUAACAUUCAGCUGUCUGCAUAUCGAAAGACCGAUGCAUACAAGGAAUACAUGCAAUACCUGUCAGAGUUCAAGGCCAAACACGGGCAGCCCCCGGAUCAAAAAAGACCUCGCCUCGAACCCGAAUCUAGCGGUAGCAUUGUGUCCGCAAAGUCCUUGGAGAUUAAUCCCGAGGCCGUUUCAAGCCACUCAGGCCAUGUGAGAGGCGGCUCAAUUGGAUCGAUGGUCUCAUCGCCCUACGCUGGUGGACCGGCACACUCGACCGGCAGCCUACCGAUAGGUACUGCCGCGUCAAGACCACCUCUGCCCUCGUCUCGCAGCGGGUCGCCUCCCAUCCAACAACAAAGUCGUGAAAAUUUCCGCCCCGGACUCCUUUCGAGCCACAGCUCUGUCUCGGACGAAUCAGCUACUAUGCGUAAUGACUUACCUGAAUCAUUGAUGCGGACCGCCGGCUUAAACCUUGGUUCUGCGUCAGGUACGCCUCCUCUCCCACCGCAUACCCCGAGCGUCGGUUCCCUGGAACCGGUAGGUUCACCUGAUCUGUUCGCACGCUCGAGGCUCGCAUACUACACUCAGACAUCGGUACCAGGCGUUUCACCGGUCACCAUUCCACCCCAGCCACCCUCGGCGAGCCCUUCUCUCCCACUGCCUUUCCCAUCACCCACAGCACAGGAGGUGGGGUGGAGGAAUCGUCCAAUGGAUACACGUGGUUUUCAUGACUCACCGAGGGCGCUUCCACCAUCGCUACCUUUCCCAUCGGGACCUCAGCAGCUAGGGCCAUCCUACUUACUACCAUUGAUACCUCCCGAGAAAGGGCCUGACAUCGGCCAGCAAGGCGUGAUGAGGAAUCUUCCUCCGCCUCGUGUAUCGCCCAUGGGACAAUCCAACCUUCCGUACAUCGGUCGUCCCUUUGAGCAGCCUCGACCUUUUGCCAGUGAAAUUCCUCCCGAGCGACCUCACGGCCAAGACGGUACUCGAAAUCGGCUGGAAUCUCCUGAAAAUGACGCGGCGACCACAUUAGCAGGGCUGGCGACUGUGGCAUCGCGGCCCAGUACGACCAAACCUUCCGGACACCCUCCGCAUCGAUCACCUCCUUGA